CCCCGGCGCCGGCUGACCGCCGUGCCCGACGGCAUCCCGGCCGAGACGCGCCUGCUGGAGCUCAGCCGCAACCGCAUCCGCUGCCUGAACCCCGGCGACCUGGCCGCGCUGCCGCUGCUGGAGGAGCUGGACCUGAGCGAGAACGUGAUCGCGCACGUGGAGCCGGGCGCCUUCGCCAACCUGCCGCGCCUGCGCGUCCUGCGCCUGCGCGGGAACCUGCUCAAGCUCAUCCCGCCCGGGGUCUUCACGCGCCUGGACAACCUCACGCUGCUGGACCUGAGCGAGAACAAGCUGGUCAUCCUCCUGGACUACACCUUCCAGGACCUGCGCAGCCUCCGCCGGCUAGAGGUGGGCGACAACCACCUGGUGUUCAUCUCGCGCCGGGCCUUCGCGGGGCUGCUGGCGCUCGAGGAGCUGACCCUCGAGCGCUGCAACCUCACGGCGCUGUCGGGCGAGUCUCUGGGCCACCUGCGGGGCCUGGGCGCCCUGCGGCUGCGGCACCUGGCCAUCGCCGCGCUGGAGGACCAGAAUUUCCGGAGGCUCCCGGGCCUGCUGCACCUGGAGAUCGACAACUGGCCGCUGCUGGAGGAGGUGGCCGCCGGCAGCCUGCAGGGUCUCAACCUGACCUCGCUGUCGGUCACGCACACCAACAUCACCGCCGUGCCGGCGGCCGCGCUCCGCCACCAGGCCCACCUCACCUGCCUCAACCUGUCCCACAACCCCAUCAGCACGGUGCCGCGCGGCUCCUUCCGCGACCUGGUCCGCCUGCGCGAGCUGCACCUGGCCGGCGCCCUGCUGGCCGUGGUGGAGCCGCAGGCCUUCCUGGGGCUGCGGCAGAUCCGUCUGCUCAACCUCUCCGACAACCUGCUGUCCACGCUGGAGGAGAGCACCUUCCACUCGGUGAAC